ACUCGUCAUACCAUCUUUGUGUUUGUAACGCUUGUCAUCAAAACAAGGAAAAGACACUUUAUUGAGUUCAUAACUACCAAGCUGAUGGUUUUCACUUCUGAUGGUUUUCAUUUUGUGACACAUCUGCUUCUUUGUCGAAUAAGGAAUGAUCCAGCCAUAUUUACUGAAUGCAUCAAUCACCAUAAUAGCUCAAUUCUGGAACAUGGGUCUUCUAUCUAAAGGAUGUCCCCUGUCGUGGUCUGAAACAAAACAACAUAGAGACGAAGAUCGUAAACACGGCGUUUUGCAAUUUCUCCACAUUUACAACAGAGAGAAAGACAGAGACAGGGAUUGUUUGAGAUGGGGAGAUGAGAUGGAGUAUACAGUGUUGAAGUUUGACCAUGACAACAGGAAAGUUUACUGCAAUUUGAGGGCAAAGGAUGUACUAAACGAUUUGGCACUCUUAGAACAGCAGACCAGCACCUACCCAAUUUCUUGGAGGCCUGAAUAUGCUGCUUAUGUGAUUGAAGCAUCACCAGGGCAGCCAAUGGAAGAAAGUCUGGCAUAUCUCAACAUAAUAGAAUUGAACAUGAGAUUAAGACGUGAAGAAAUGAAGAGAUUUUUGACCGAACCUGGAGAAACUGUUCAGUCUAUCGUGGCAUUUCCAAGCUCGGUGACUCAAAACAUUCGAGAAAGAAGAGGUUCAAAAGUUGCUAUCAACGUACCAAUAUUCAAAGACUUAAACACUCCUUCACCUUUUAUCGAGACGUUUCCUACUAUUGACAGAGAAGGAGCAGAGGCCGCUUUGCCUGAUCACAUCUUUAUGGACGGCAUGGGCUGUGGCAUGAGUUUAGGAUGUCUUCAGUUCACCCUUCAAGCCUGCAACCUAAGUGAAGCAAGACUUCUUUACGAUCAACUCGUGGCGUUGAGUCCAAUAAUGUUAGCUUUGUCUGCUGGGGCUCCCAUAAUACGCGGAUACCUUUCCGACGUAGAUUGCCGUUGGAAUAUCAUCUCUGAGGCAUCAGAUGAUCGAACUCCUGAAGAGAGAGGCCUUGCGCCACUAAAGGAAAAUAGAUUUGUGAUACCUAAGUCACGAUUUGACUCCGUGAGUACAUAUCUGUCACCGGAGGGGAAAGAUUACAACGAUAUUGACUUAGUGUAUGACCAAGAUGUUUGCCAACAGCUCAUCUUCGCUGGCGUUGACGAGCAGGUGGCCCGGCAUGUCGCACACUUGUUCAUCCGGGAUCCUGUGACUUCUCUGUGCCUUGAAGACCUUGAACAAAAUGACGAGGAAACCUCCUGUCUCUUUGAGAACAUAAAUUCCGCCAACUGGCAAACUGUGCGUUUUAAGCCACCACCGCCUGAUUCCUCCUCAAUGGGAUGGAGAGUGGAGUUCAGGCCCAUGGAUAUUCAAUUGACAGACUUCGAGAAUGCCGCCUUCAUAACAUUUGUGAUACUUCUCACGAGGGCGAUUUUGUCUUUCGAUCUCAAUCUACUCAUUCCUAUAUCCAAGGUCGACGAGAAUAUGGUCAAAGCGCAAAAGAGAGACGCUGCCAGACAGGGAGAGUUUCAUUUCAGGAAAAAUUUAAAGAAAUGUGAUACUAUGGAAGAGGCUGAGAAUUGCCAGAACGACGACCUGUAUUGUGGCGGAGAAUUUGAGAUGAUGUCGAUUGACAGAAUUAUCAACGGCAAGGAUGGCGAAUUUCCUGGUUUGAUACCACUCAUAAACCGUUACCUGGCGACAGUGGAAGUCGACCUUAACACAUGGUGCACUCUUUCUCAAUAUUUGAACUUGAUCUCCAAAAAGGCAUCUGGUGAAUUACUUACAACUGCUCAAUGGAUUCGGCGAUUUGUGGAAAGUCACACGGAAUACAAGAGAGACUCUGUAGUCGACGAAAGAAUUUGUUACGAUCUUUUGAGAAAAAUCGAUCAAAUUGGCCAAGGAGAGGGUGAGGCGCCUGAACUCUUUGGAAAGUUCACCACUUUUAGGAUGGGUGACGCUUUAUUUUAGAAAUAUCUUGAUGUAAAUGGAAAGAUUAAAAGCUAUGAGGAUGACUAGAAAAUUAGACACGAUAACUUGGUGAUGUGCAACAGUUUAAAAAAAUAUUGUCAAGAUUGUAAACAUCGCUAACACAAUCGUAGUUUACUGACUACUAUACUAUGUGUGUCUAUCAUCUCUAUCUCAAUCAGUUCGUCGAUGUUCAUUGAAGUUCACUCCUUUAAAAGUGUUAACUCUCAUUAAAAUCUAUUGGACAGACAUUGUAUGACUCUGUUCAGAAUGAAACAGAUUAAUAAACAGUACGUUCAUUGAAA